CACCGGCACCGACGGCGGGACCGGCGGCACCGACGACGGCGACGGGCGGCGGGGCUGGCGCGGGCGGCGGCGGGGCCGGUCCCGGCUCGGCCCGCGAAGGUUGGCUCUUCAAGUGGACCAACUACAUCAAGGGAUACCAGCGCCGCUGGUUCGUGCUCAGCAAUGGGCUGCUCAGCUACUACCGAUCCAAGGCGGAGAUGGGCCACACGUGCCGCGGCACCAUCAACCUGGCCACGGCCAACAUCACCGUGGAGGAUUCCUGCAAUUUCAUCAUCUCCAAUGGCGGAGCCCAGACCUACCACCUCAAGGCCAGCUCUGAGGUGGAGCGGCAGCGUUGGGUCACUGCCCUUGAGCUAGCCAAGGCCAAGGCUGUCAAGAUGCUGGAGGAGUCAGACGAUUCCGGCGACGAGUCGGUGUCGCAGACGGACAAGACAGAGCUGCAGAACACCCUGCGGAUUUUAUCCAGCAAAGURGAGGACCUGAGCACCUGCAACGACCUGAUUGCCAAGCACGGCACGGCCCUGCAGCGCUCCCUCAGCGAGCUCGAGGCCCUGCGGCUCCCUCCGGACAGCACGGACAAGAUCAAGCAGGUCAACGAGCGGGCCACGCUCUUCCGCAUCACCUCCAAUGCCAUGAUCAACGCCUGCCGGGAUUUCAUGCUCCUGGCGCAAACGCACGGGAAGAAGUGGCAGAAAUCGCUGCAGCAGGAGCGGGAUCAGCGGAUCCGGCUGGAGGAGACRCUGGAGCAGCUGGCCAAGCAGCACAACCACCUGGAAAGAGCUUUCCGGGGAGCCACGGUACUCCCCGCCAGCACGCCUGGCACCGGCGGCUCCGGCAAAGAUCUGUGCUGCCCUGCCAAAGGUGACCUGAGUGACGAGGAUGACGACAACAACGAGUUCUUUGAUGCCCCGGAGAUCUUCCCCAUGCCCGACAUCAUGGGCCACAAGAGAACCGGGAGCAACAUCAGCGGCACCAGCAGUGACAUCAGCCUGGAUGAGCAGUACAAGCACCAGGUUGAGGACACCAAGAAGGAGAAGAGAACCCGCAUUCCCUACAAACCCAACUAUAGCCUCAAYCUCUGGAGCAUCAUGAAGAACUGCAUCGGGAAGGAGUUAUCCAAAAUUCCCAUGCCGGUGAAUUUCAACGAGCCGCUAUCCAUGCUGCAGCGGCUGACAGAGGACCUGGAAUACCACGAGCUCCUGGAUCGGGCAGCGAAGUGCGAGAGCUCCCUGGAGCAGCUGUGCUACGUGGCCGCCUUCACCGUGUCCUCSUACUCCACCACCGUCUUCCGCACCAGCAAACCCUUCAACCCACUCCUGGGGGAAACCUUCGAGCUGGAUCGCCUGGAGGAGAGUGGAUACCGCUCCCUCUGCGAGCAGGUGAGCCACCACCCCCCGGCUGCCGCCCACCACGCCGACUCYAAGAACGGCUGGACGCUGCGCCAGGAAAUCAAAAUCACCAGCAAAUUCCGAGGGAAAUACCUCUCCAUCAUGCCUCUGGGUACCAUCCACUGCGUCUUCCACUCCUCUGGCAACCAYUACACGUGGAAAAAGGUGACGACCACCGUGCACAACAUCAUCGUGGGGAAGCUCUGGAUAGACCAGUCAGGUGAGAUCGAGAUUGUCAACCACAAGACAGGGGACAAGUGCAACCUCAAGUUUGUCCCUUACAGCUACUUCUCCCGGGAUGUGGCGAGGAAGGUGACCGGGGAGGUGAUGGACCCCUUGGGAAAGGUGCAUUUUGUCUUGCUGGGCACGUGGGAUGAGAAGAUGGAUUGCUACAAGGUCCAGCUGGGACCRGGGGACAACGGAGCCGAGGCGCGGCCGCGGGCCCACGAGGCCGAGGACAGCCGGGUGCUGCUGUGGAAACGGAACCCGCUCCCGAAGUAUGCAGAAAACAUGUACUACUUCUCGGAGCUGGCGCUGACGCUGAACGCCCCAGAGAACGGGACGGCCCCCACRGACAGCCGGCGGCGCCCCGACCAGCGCCUGAUGGAGAACGGGAGGUGGGACGAGGCCAACGCCGAGAAGCAGCGGCUGGAGGAGAAACAACGGCUCUCCCGCAAGCGCCGCGAGGCCGAGGCCGCCCGCGCCACCGAGGACGGGACCCCCUGCGAUCCCUACAAACCGCUGUGGUUUGAGCGGAAGAAGGACCCGGUGACCCAGGAGCUGGCGCACGUCUACAAGGGGGGCUACUGGGAGAGCAAGGAGAAGCAGGACUGGAGCUUGUGUCCGGAUAUUUUCUGAGCCCGGCGAAGAGGAGGAGGAGGAGGAGCRGCAGCGGGGAGGGAUGAAGGCCAGGACCCCCCUGUCCAUCCAUCUGUCUUAACCGUGUGUCCCCGCGCCUCGCCGUGAGCGCCGGCCGGGCUUUGCCUUAGCCCACCCAAACUGACCUUGGGGAGCAGGAGCCAAUGCAGCCCCCCCCCCAAAUCUGUGCUGGAGCAGGGGGGGGUCCCUUCGUCCCACCCACCUCCUCGGCAUCCUGGGGUGGGGGCACAGCCGCCCCUGGGGUGGGGGGCCCUGGGGAAGGCGCAGCGGGGCGAGCCCGAGGCUGGCCUUGGUCUCCCCCCCUCCCCUUUUAUUCCCGUUCCCCUUUGCCCCCAGGAGCUCGGGUGCUUUUGGGGUCCGGGGGGGCCAGACUCCCCCCCAGCCUGUUCUAUAAGUGUAUAUUAUAUAUAUGUAGAGAGCAAUCGGGAUCCCCUUCUCCCCCGCAGCCCCCAGUUUGGGGGGUCUCCACCCUCCCCAGGGUGUCCCCCACACGUGGGGACCCCCCAUGAGGUGCCUUCCCUGUAGGUUUAGGGCAAGGGGAGGGCCUGGGUUUUUUUGGGGGGUCUCUCCAGGGCGCAGUGGGAUCCCUGCACCCCCAAACACUACAGGGGUGGGGAGAUGCACUGUGGGGGAGUCUCUGCACCUCCGAAUCKAAAAUUGGGGGCGUUUGAUGCCUUUUUAUUUUAUUUUUUUUUUUUUUUUGGGUUGGUUUUUUUGUCUCCAGAAGAAGAACUAAAUUAAAAUCUGUGAAUGCCCCAAC